AGGCGCUUUUUAGCGGUUGCUCGGGGCUGCCCUGCUGUGCUGCGGGCUGGACCGUGCCGACUUGAUCUUUGUUCUGCUCUCCGGGCCGUUAGGUUUCUUUUUUUCUCCAGGAGGAAAAAAUGGCGUCAGUUGCAAUUGAUCCACAACCGAGCGUGGUGACCAGGGUGGCCAACUUGCCCUUGGUGAGCUCAACCUAUGACCUGGUGUCCUCGGCUUAUAUCAGUACAAAGGACCAGCAUCCGUAUUUGAGAUCUGUGUGUGAGAUGGCAGAGAAGGGCGUGAAGACCGUGACCUCGGUGGCUGUGACAAGUGCGCUGCCCAUCAUCCAGAAGCUGGAGCCACAAAUUGCUGUUGCCAAUACCUACGCCUGCAAGGGGCUAGACAGGAUCGAGGAGAGACUGCCUAUUCUGAAUCAGCCUACUGCUGAGAUUGUUGCCAACGCCAAAGGUGCUGUGACUGGGGCCAAAGAUGCAGUGACGACCACUGUGGCUGGGGCCAAAGAUUCUGUAGCCAGCACUAUCACGGGGGUGGUGGACAAGACCAAAGGAGCAGUGACUGGCAGCGUGGAGAGGACCAAGUCUGUAGUCAACGGCGGCAUCAACACGGUUUUGGGGAGUCGGGUGGUGCAGCUCGUGAGCAGCGGGGUAGAAAAUGCACUUGCCAAGUCGGAGCUCCUGGUAGACCAGUACCUCCCUCUCACUCAGGAAGAGCUAGAGACAGAAGCAAAAAAGGUGGAAGGAUUUGAUGUGGUUCAGAAGCCAAGUUACUAUGUAAGACUGGGGUCCCUGUCCACCAAGCUCCGCUCCCGGGCCUAUCAGCAGGCUCUCAGCAGGGUUAAAGAUGCCAAACAGAAAAGCCAGGAGACCAUUUCUCAGCUUCAUUCCACUGUCCGUCUGAUUGAAUUCGCCAGGAAAAACAUGCAGGGUGCCCAGGAUAAGCUCUCUGUCUCGUGGGUGGAGUGGAAGAGAAGCAUGGGCUACGAUGACACUGACGAGUCCCACUGUGUGGAGCACAUCGAGUCACGUACUCUGGCUAUCGCCCGCAACCUGACUCAGCAGCUCCAAACUACGUGCCAGACUCUCCUGACCAACGUCCAAGGGUUACCACAGAAUGUCCAAGAUCAGGCCAACCACUUGGGGGUGAUGGCAGGCGACAUCUACUCGGUGUUCCGCAAUGCUGCCUCCUUUAAGGAAGUGUCUGACGGCUUCCUCACUUCCAGUAAGGGGCAGCUGCAGAAAAUGAAAGAAUCCUUAGAUGAUGUGAUGGAUUACCUUGUUAACAACACGCCUCUCAACUGGCUGAUGCUGGAUUUCACUGCCAUUGAUUUGACAUCUGAGACUGAUGAAGUUCCUGAUAUUAUACCUUUGGAAGAGGAUGAUUGAACCAAAGAUCACACACUCACAGCCUUGUCCUCUUAGGGCAAAAUGCUGCAACACAAGAAGCACUCUCUUUUUUUGAAAACGUAUUACAUAUAAUUUUUUAAUAUUUGCAAUUGUGUUUAAUCCUGUGGCUUUGGGGAUUGUUAGUCUACUUUUCUGGGGAGUGCUUGAUCUUAAUUGUAAAUGAUGUGAACGUUUGUGAGAGAUUGUGUUCAGCAUCAUGUAUCAUUUUCUAUAAUUCUUUAAUGUUUAAUUGCUGAAAUACCUAUAAUAAAAUUGGGCUGUUGGUCAGUGAGGUGCACACUAAAAAUAUAAAAAUUUGGCAGUAUAAUCCUUGAUCAGAGAGUCCUUUUUUAACUGAACAUGUGCAAAUUUUUGUUUUAUCUUAGUAUAUCUUUUACUUUAUUUUAUUUUAUUUUGUUUUUUCAAGACAGGGUUUCUCUAUAUAGCUUUGGAGCCUGUCCUGGAAGUCGCUCUGCAGACCAGGCUGGGCUCAAACUCAUAGAGAUCUGCCUGUCUCUGCCUCUUGAGUACUGGGAUUAAAGACAUGUGUCACCACUGUUCAGAAACAUUCUUCUUUUGGUAACAGCAUACUUGUGUCUCUGGAGGUCUCAGUGGGUCAGCCAGUCAAAGUUUUAUGCUUUCCCUUAUUCUAGAAAUGACCUGUGGAAUAUUCCGGAGGAGUAGUGAGCAGACAAAGAGAGAAGCAAGAUGGACAUGCCGAACUGAGAAAAGGUACCAAGCCAUGCGGCAAAGUGUAGAUAAGAAUUAUGGGUUAUUUAAAGUGUGACAGUUAGCUAGUAACAAGCCUGAGCUAUAAUGGCCAAGAAUCUAUAAUUAAUAUUAAAGUCUGUGUGGUUGCUU